GGAAGAGGCCAUUGGGAGCUGUUUCGUGAGAUUAAAUUUGAGGGCUGUGCACACAGCUGUUAUCUUGCCAUCGCUGCACGUGAUGAUGAGAUCGCUGUGGCUGACAUGUAUGGAAACCGAGUUGUUAUCUUCAGCAUCGAUGGUAAACAGAAAAGUACAAUACAGCUUCAAAAAUGUCCACGUGGAAUUGCAGUUGAACCCAUUCACAAUCGCUUCGUGGUUAUUGAGACUUACGAUCCAAAGGUGAAGGUGUUCAACAGCGACAACUCGCUGGCAUACGAGUUCCCAACGGUGCCAGCAGAUGAGGUCGGUAAGCCCCACUCUCCCAGGACCAGGGGUGUAGCGGUCAAGAAGGAUGGUACAAUCCUUGUUACUUAUGACCAAGGAUGGGUGUAUACUGAACACAAACCUAGUAAUGGUGAGCUUCUACGUACCGUACCAGUAAAACUUUGCCCUGCCCAGCUGGCUGUUGACAACAAGGAUCGAGUUAUAAUCAGUAAUUACGGAGCUAGACCAUUCGUGGCCGUUACUGAUGGUAAUAGUUAUACACUCUUCACAAUCGAACCAACCAUCCUCGGAAAACCAGCAAAGUACUGCCUAGAUGUAUACGCUGAUAGCUCCGGUAUAUAUGUUACAAUGCUGGGGCCCCGUUACAAAGGUCAUAUUCACCACUAUGACCUAGAUGGCAGGUUUCUUGACUGCCUCGUUCGGGGUUUGCAUAACCCAUUAGGAAUUACAUUCACGCCAGAUGGGCAGCUGGCAGUGGCUGACGAAGUAUCAGUUAAGAUGUUUCACAAGGUGUAAUGCGACAUUGUACAUGUAAACAUUUGAAUACAAUAGGUGAAUGGCAAAAGCGGGUCAUCGAAACAAAAAACAAUUUGGCGUAUGAGUAUUGCGAGACACCCAAAAAGGAAUUAACUUAGAACUCUUGGCAAUAGAUUUCAAAUGAAGCUACAUUAUGGUAAAUUGAAAUACAUGUUGUAAUUCCAAAUGUACACUGCGAUAGCCCAGGCCUGCCUUCAUCACACCUCAAAGUUCAGCUUACAAGCCUUUUUCUCCCUCCAAAGUCAAGACCACUUUCUCCAAGCUGUUUACUAAACUACACCUCCCACAAUCACUGUUAGCACUCACAGUUAUUGCAGAGGAGGGGCGACUUGGGUUUUGUAAUUUGGCCUUCCUUGUGAAAUAGUCAAAAUGAUGGGGGACUGGAAAUCUGAGGCAUUCCAAGCCUGUAUUACCCUAUUACCUGAGCAAAGGUUAACAUUUAGAAAAAAAGUUUUCAAGGCUUUGCCAAUCAAUUGAUAUAUGUUUUUAAAAUAAUACUGAUGUACCUGAUAAUACAAUUACUGUAACUAAUCGUUCUACCAGUAAGUAACUAUUCAAAUCAAGUUGUUUUGGUAUAUAUUUUUUAGAGGAUUCUCUUAUUUUUUUUCUAGUUAGAAUGUAGACUCU